AUGGGCUACAACGAGUGGGUGCACAAUGCCAACAUGGCAGUUGCCCGCUCGUUCGUGGGUAGGCGAUUCCGGCUUCAUGGAUCAGGACAUCCCAAAGAACGAAAGGGCUCUUAUUUCUUCACCGAGAUCCGCGCUGGAUUGGCCACCUUCUUCGCCAUGGCAUACAUUAUCUCGGUCAACUCGACUAUUGUGUCUGAAUCGGGUGGUACCUGUGUCUGUCCGCCCGACAGUACGGAUUUAUGCGACAGUAAUCCAGAGUACAUGCUCUGUGUCGCUGAGAUUAAACGAGAUCUCGUCACCGCCACGGCCGCGAUAUCAGCUUUGACUUCAUUCUGCAUGGGCCUGUUCGCCAAUAUGCCGAUUGCCCUGGCGCCCGGCAUGGGGCUGAACGCUUACUUCGCAUAUACCGUUGUUGGUUAUCAUGGAUCCGGGCUGGUGCCUUACCAGGUAGCCAUCACCGCUGUGUUCGUCGAAGGCUUGGUGUUUGUCGGUCUCACGAUCCUAGGCAUGCGACAAUGGCUGGCCCGUGCGAUUCCCGCCUCGAUCAAACUUGCCACCGGUGUGGGCAUUGGAUUGUACCUGACCUUGAUCGGCCUCACAUACAGCGCCGGCAUCGGUGCCGUCACUGGAGCAUCAGACACCCCCAUUGAACUUGCUGGGUGCCACCAGGACAACCUGACCGACGCCGGCGUGUGUCCGUCCUGGGACAAGAUGCGCAACCCGACCAUGUGGCUCGGCAUCUUCUGCGGCGGAAUCUUCACUGUUAUACUCAUGAUGUAUCGUGUCAAGGGCGCCAUCAUCAUCGGAAUUUUACUUGUCAGCAUCAUCUCCUGGCCUCGGAACACGCCGGUCACAUACUUCCCCUAUACCGAGUUGGGCACUAGCAUGUUCGACUUCUUCAAAAAGGUCGUCACCUUCCACCCGAUCCAGAAGAUCCUGACUGUACAGGAAUGGGACGUUUCCUCUUACGGCGGCCAGUUUGCUUUGGCCUUUAUUUCUUUCUUAUACGUCGAUAUAUUGGAUACAACGGGAACUUUGUACAGUAUGGCUCGCUUCUGCGGCGCCAUCGACGAGCGAACUCAAGAUUUUGAGGGUUCGGCGGUCGCAUAUCUUGUGGACGCUUUCGGCAUCUCGAUCGGCGCACUUUUUGGAUGCCCUCCGGUGACGGCCUUUAUCGAAUCUGGGGCGGGUAUCUCUGAAGGCGGAGCCACCGGACUCACAGCCAUGACGACCGGCUUUUGUUUCUUUAUUUCUAUCUUUUUCGCUCCGAUCUUUGCUUCGAUCCCGCCAUACGCGACUGGGUGCGUAUUGAUCAUUGUGGGGUCACUCAUGGCCAAAUCCGCUGCCGACAUUAAUUGGCGAUACAUUGGCGACGCGGUGCCGGCAUUCCUUACCAUCGCCAUCAUGCCCUUCACCUACAGCAUCGCCUAUGGCCUGAUCGCAGGCAUCAUCAGCUACAUUAUCCUCAACACAGUCGUGUGGCUCAUCGAGAUCGCCACCGGCGGCCGCAUCCGCCCCGCCGACAAAAAGUACAAGGACCCCUGGACCUGGAAGAUCGAGGGUGGCAUCUUGCCUCCCUGGCUGGUCCGUGCCUCAAAGGGCAAACGCGACUUCUGGCGGCCUUACGACGAUAUCGAGCAUAAUGUUGUUCCCCGGUCCGGCAGCCAUGCUGCGGCCGCACCGCCUACCAUCCCGGGAACCCACUUCGGCCCUACCGAUACCAUCCCGUUGGAAGGUCGUGAGUACUAUUCUGACGGUGCCGAUGCCGAUGUUGGUCCAGAUGUCGGUCCGGCUCUAGGUGUUGGUGUCGAUUCACGCGGCGUCAAUGCCCAUCAUGACACGACGAUAGCAACAGAUCAUGCUCGGUCGAAGGCUGGUAAGUCGGGUUCGCGGGGUGACGGGCAUGGAGGUCCCAGUGCAAGUACGAGCAGGAGUACGAGUGAAGAGGGCGAGAAAGUCAAGAUGUAA